AUGUACAAAAGUCCUAACUCUCCCUUGCUUACCAACGACCUGGAAUUUCUAACAAAUCAAAAUGGCCUCUUUCUAGCAGCUGGAGACCUAAACGCAAAACAUCAGUCUUGGAACUGUCGCACCACAAACCAAGCGGGCAGAAUCCUCCACCAACACAUGGAAACAUCUAACACAUACUCCAUUUGCGCACCUGAUUCCCUAACACACCACUCUUACAACUCACUUAACAGGCCAGAGAUCCUGGAUAUAGCACUUGUAAACCUCCCACACAGAGAAUAUGUCCUUACUAAUCAUAAUGAAUUAACUUCAGAUCACAACCCAAUUGUUAUGACUAUAAGCGACUCUCCUAUUACAAUUAAUCAUCUGGCUGCCAGGAAAAGAAUCAACUGGAAAAAAUUUGAGCAUGAACUAUUGCUUAAAUCUCCAAAACUGACGACCAAAUUAUCAAACCCAAUAGAAAUAGACAACGAGGUUGACUCAUUUACCACACUCAUCCAGUCAUCAACCGAAAAAAGCUCCUGCCUUAUUAACAAACCUCACACCAGAGAGCCACUCUCCCCAGAUAUCCUACUUGAGAUUGCCACCAAACGGAUCCUAAGGAAAGACUGGCAACGAACUAGAGAUCCAUCAGUCAAGACAAUGCUAAAUGCCCAAAUAGCAUACGUCCGAAACCUCCUUAAAGAACAUCUUCAAUUAGCAUGGGACCGUUUCACAUCCACACUAAAUUUCCAAGAUCGAUCACUCUACAAAUUAAAUCGGCGCCUACUUCACAAGAAGCCAGCUACCGCUCCGUUGACGUCAAACUCCGGUCAAAAAAUCUAUGACACUGAAUCCAAACUGGAACUGUUUGCCGAUUCAAUGAAAGACCAGUUCACCGCCAACCCAGGGAACGACCUUUUGGAGGUCAAUCAAUCAAUCAAUGAACUCAACAGUUACUCCACAAAGUCAAACCUUUUCACUACCCCUAAGGAAGUAUUCGAAAUUAUUAAAAAUCUACCAUCCGCCAAAGCCCCUGGACAUGACAAAAUUACAAACGCUGCGCUAAAGCACCUUCCAGCCCCUGCCAUCGUAAGACUGAGCAACUUAUUUACAGUUUGUCUCAGACAUUCCUACUUUCCGACCACCUGGAAAACUGCCACGACCGUCAUGAUUCCCAAGCCUAAUAAAAACCACAGCCUACCAAACAACUACAGGCCAAUAUCACUUCUCGUCACGAUGUCAAAAGUAUUUGAAAAAAUUCUCCUAAGACAUCUCACCAAGUAUAUCAAACCAAGAACAGAACAACACGCUUUCAGACACGGACACUCGACGACUACACAACUCACGAAACUGAUCGACGACCUAGUAAUCAACACCAACAAUAACAGACACACGGCUGCAAUAUUCUUGGAUAUGGAGAAAGCGUUUGAUAGAGAGUGGCACGACGGACUAAUCCACAAGCUCCACGCAAUGUCAACCGUCCCCACACCCCUGAUAAAAAUCAUAAAAUCCUUCCUAUCGAAUCGGAACUUCAGAAUCCAAAUCUCCGACCUCAAAUCAACCAGCCGAACAAUCAAAGCAGGAGUUCCACAGGGGUCAUGCCUUUCUCCCCUAUUAUACAUCCACUACAUUUAUGAUCUCCCAUCCUCACCUCAUGUUACUACCUCACUGUUUGCAGACGACACCUUGUUUUACUCCAGUAACACGUCGAUAAACUUCGCCAUAAUCCGUCUUCAACGCCAUGUCACUACAACAACCGACUGGAUUCAAAAAUGGCGUUGA